UAAAACAGAUCCACGAAAAAUGUUCAGUGUCCAUUCCGAAUGCUGAAAGCCCAAAACGCAUAAAUCAGAGACAGAAAUUUGACCGGCACUCUCGGCAUACUCCAGUUGAUACGCCAGUUAAAGUUUAUUUGCAUAACACUGCAGCAGCAAUGUCGGCUACAGUGUUUAAAGAAUUUCAGGAAGAUGCUACGUAUGCACCCUUUCUGGAGGAGGACUUCGAUGUCCAAAGCCACACUAGUCAGAUGGUUCAAGGUGUUGUCAUUGCCGAACAGCUGAAUAAACUUACUCUUGGAAUUAACCGCCUAGAACGGGAGAUAGAGAGCCAGGUUGGGAGCCACUAUGAAGACCUUUUGUCACAGGCUACUGGAGUGGAGACACUAGAGGAUGUUCUGAAUACAAUGCAUACCAGAAUCCAGACACUUCUGGCUGGAGUGGAGAGGCUAAGAGUGCGAGUUGUGGAUCCGUACCAGAGAGUGGAGAAGCACACACUCAUUCUGGGCAGACUUCAGGCCACCUGUGAGCUCUUGAGAAGGGUCAUACGCUGUCUCAUGUUGUCGCAGAGGCUACAGCAGCAACUUGCUAACGGACCUCGAGAUAUAACAAAAGCAGCAAGCAGUCUGAGUGAACUAGACCACCUGGGUCGUGAUGUGGAUUUAACAGGGCUGGAGGUUCUGGAAAGGGAUCAGAGACUAGUGCGGCAAGCUCGUUCUGACGUGGAGAAGCAGGCAGUGGCGAUGAUGGACCGUGGCAUGGAGGCACAAAACCAAACACAGGUUGCAACAGCUCUGCAGGUGUUCCAUAACUUGGGCAUUCUCGUUCCAAGUGUCGAGAAGGUGCUAGAAUCCCUGAUCACUCGCCUCAACAAUAGUGUGUCCCUUUCGCUCGAUGUCAAUGCACUCACUCAGAUGAAUCAGGAUACAAAGAAAGCUGGUCCUGGGAAAGCUAUUAUGCCUGCACCAGGACAGUCUGCACAGUUUAGAGCCUCUUUGUGGUCAAAUCUGGAGAAGCUGAUGGAUGAUAUAUACCACGUGUGCGUUCAGACAUCACAUCUUCACAAGGUCUUAGCAAAGAAAAGGGAUCCUGUGACUCACGUCUGCUUUUUGGACGAGGUGCAGCGUCACAGCAACAGUGACUUGUUCACACGGGUAUGGAGGAACAUCACCCGCAUCUUGACGGAAGAAUUUGCAAAGGCUGCUCAGGAUUCUCCGUUCAUCCGCCAAGCCCUGGAAGUGGACUACCCCAAGCUGGUCCGCCUUUAUGGGGAUUUGUGGCGGAGGCUGGAGGGCAUCAGCCUGGAGAUGAGGCACGCGGCCACAGACAUUUCUGCUUCUGGAAUAGAUGGAGACGUUGGCUUGAGGAGUUUGAUCCAGAACAAGCUCUACGACAUACCUUGGUGCCACUAGAGAAAGCCUACCUCUCCAGAUCUCUGUCUCGCCUCUUCGAUCCUGUCAACCUUAUGUUUGCUGCCCAAGAUGCCCCCCCAGCGAAGGAUGAGGUUGAUGCCUUAAUAAAAACUAUUACAAGUGAGCUGAACAUAUCUGCAGUUGACAAAUCACUGAGUGAGACUGUGGCAAGAAAUGUUGUAAAGACACUACAACUUUUCUGUACUAAGUGUGAGCAGUUGUUGGUCACAGACGGGGAGGCCAGUCAAGUUAUUGGUACCCCAACUGCUGGUCAGGCCUUGAACGGAGCAGUGGUAAACCAGCUCCUGUAUGUCAGAAGUCAAAUAGAACGCACGGCCUCAGCCACUCUUGCCCAUCUGCCACAGCCUGUCACCAAUACCCUCCUGCAGGCCCUUCCACCCAUAGAUGCUCUCAUGGCAUCUGCAGUGCAGCCCCUCUUCCUCUCCAUUACACAAGCAGUGGAAGCCAUCAUCCUAACAAUGCAUAAUGAGGACUUUUCUGGAGGAGAUACAGGUGGCAGUGACUCCCAGUGUUCACUCUACAUGAAAGAGCUCCAGGGAUUUAUCAACCGAGUAGCAACAGAUUACGUUGCUAUUUACCAGCCGUCAGCAAUUAUAAAGGAAAAUGUGCAUAUGCUAGCGUGCAGAUGCCUAGAAUUAUUUGUACGUCAUGCAAGUCUGUUGCGUCCAAUAGGAGACGGUGGAAAACUGCGACUAGCAGCAGACUUUGCCCAGAUGGAACUGGCCAUCAACCCUCUAUGCAGCCGUCCAUCAGAGCUGGGCAAGCCAUACCGCAUUGUGAGGACCUUCCGACCUCUGCUGUUCCAGACAACAGACCACAUCAGCGCUUCGCCCAGCAUUGGGGAUGUCAUUCCCUUCUCAGUCAUCCUGCAUUUCCUGUUUGCUAAGGCUCCUCCGGAACUUCGCUCUCCGCAUCAGACGGCUGGAUGGUCAGUCAGCAGGUAUAGCAACUGGCUGGAUGAGCAUCGUGAUGAGCGCGAGAGAUUGCAACUUGUGAGAGGUGCCCUGGAGGCGUACGUUGCCAAUGUCAGAUCCCGCAACCUCACACAGUUCGCCCCAGUGUAUCCGGUCAUGCUCAAGCUCUUGGAGAGAGGGAUGAGUGCGCAUGGAAUGUCAAGUGCUUCUUAGACAUUGUGAAGAUGCUUGGAGUUUAGGGCUAUAGGUUUUCCGAUCUAUAUAUAUAUUAGAUAUUUUAUAUUUGCCUUUAGUAUGGGCGUGUGUUUGGUCUCUAUAAAGCUGAAUGAACACAACUCAAGCAAUGUUUUCUGGAAUAGGUGAUUGUUUUUGAUUGUUAAUUGCUUUUGAGUGACUGCACAAUGCAGGGAUCCGAGUCUUGGAUCCAAAUUAUUUUGUUAUGAAGUUAAAGAGAUUAAAAUAUGAAGAAGCA